UGGGGCCAAAAGUGCGCGCCACCACGCCCGACUCCUAUUUUGGGUUUCUGGUAGACCUUUCACUAUUGUGCCCAGGCUGGUCUCGAACUCUUGGGUUCAAACAAUCUUCCCACCUCGGCCUUCCAAAGUGCUGGGAUUACAGGCGCGAGCCACUCACCCGGCUGGGUUCCACUUCUGAAAGCGUGGGGAGCCGCUGGGCCUCCCAAGGAAAGUGCUCCACCUCCCGAUGGCAAGCACAGCCCCCGGCCCAGCUAUCUUUCCAGGGCUGAAAAGCUAACAUUCAGUCAAAACGCGAAAUGAUGAAGUCGGGUCAGGAUGCCAAAGCAAAGCGCGAUGACAGUGAGGACGACGUCUAGACACAAACACACACCAAACCACCUCGCUACCGGGCCGGAGUCCACUGCCGCGGCGAGAGCUGAAACUCGCGGCCGGGACAACGCGCGACCCCGGGACGGGAUGCUCUCAGAGCCAAACUACAUCCCCCGGCGUGCACUGCAGCGCCCGCCCCCUCACCCGCCGAGGGGACCCGGGAAGAAGGCGGCCGAGCUGCCCGUCUCGCAGGUCCCCUAGGGCUCUUUCGCAGCGGCGCCUUUGCCCACCCUGGACCGGGCACUUCUCGGACUCCGCGACUGCUGCUCGCCCCGGCGCGGCACCGCUGCCUCAGGAGUCGCCUGGGGCGCGCAGUUGCCUGACUUCCUGUCAGGCUUUCACGCCGGCGCUCCCGCAAUCACGGGCUGGAGAGGGUGGGCGUUCCGGCUCCGGAGGACCCUGCCGUGGCCCCGGAAGAACCUCGUCCUGGGCGGCUGUGGCGCGGCGGUCGCCGUGAUGGCCUCGGCGCUGGGCGGCUGACCGCCGGGCUAGGAGAGGGCACAGCGCCCCGAAUCUCAGUGGCCGCUGUUCGAGCGCGGCCUGCGCCAUGGCCACCUCCGCCGCCUCCUCGGAGCAUUUCGAGAAGCUGCACGAGAUCUUCCGCGGCCUCCAUGAAGACCUGCAAGGGGUGCCCGAGCGGCUGCUGGGGACGGCGGGGACCGAAGAGAAGAAGAAGUUGAUCAGGGAUUUUGAUGAAAAACAACAGGAAGCAAAUGAAACGCUGGCAGAGAUGGAGGAGGAGCUACGUUAUGCACCCCUCUCUUUCCGUAACCCCAUGAUGUCUAAGCUUCGAAACUACCGGAAGGACCUUGCCAAAAUCCAUCGGGAGGUGAGAAGCACACCUUUGACAGCCACGCCUGGAGGCCGAGGAGAUAUGAAGUAUGGCAUAUAUGCUGUAGAAAAUGAGCAUAUGAAUCGGCUGCAGUCUCAAAGGUCACUGCUUCUACAAGGCACUGAAAGCCUGAACCGGGCCACCCAAAGUAUUGAACGUUCUCAUCGGAUUGCCACGGAGACUGACCAGAUUGGUUCAGAAAUCAUAGAAGAGCUGGGGGAACAACGAGACCAGUUAGAACGCACAAAGAAUAGACUGGUAAACACAAGUGAAAACUUGAGCAAAAGUCGAAAGAUUCUCCGUUCAAUGUCCAGAAAAGUGACAACCAACAAGCUGCUGCUUUCCAUCAUCAUCUUACUGGAGCUCGCCAUCCUGGGAGGCCUGGUUUACUACAAAUUCUUUCGCAGCCAUUGAACUUCCUAUAGAAAAGGGUUUGUGGACCAGACUUUGACCUUGUGAAUGCAUGAUGUUAGGGAUGUGGAUAGAAUAAGCAUAUUGCUGCUGUGGGCUAACAGUUCAGGGGUGCACUGUGUAGCCAGACUGUGGGAGAAGGGAAGGAAAGAUGGAAAGCCACUUAAAUGUGAAGGAACAGCAACAAGACCAAUAUGAUAUACCAAGGUAAUAAAUGCUGUUUAUGACUUCUUUAAAUUUA